AUGCAGUUCAGCAGCGUCACCUCGGCCGUCUUCCAGGGCAUCCUCAUGGCCGCCAGCCUCCCCUCCGUCAUGGCCCAGAGCGACGGCGGCGACGCCUCCUCCCUCAUCCAGCUGCCCGACCCGGCCGUGACCAAGCAGAUCCGCUUCCGGUCCACGGCGUCCGAGUACGGCGCGACCGUCGACUUCAUCACCAACGCCACAUGGCCCGACGGAGACAACCUGCCCACCUUCGUCAUCGACAAGGUCGUCUACAACUACAACAACCUGGGCGGCCGCUUCGUCACGGGCUCCGGCCCCUACAUCGGCACCACCCAGCUGUGGAUCGGCUUCAACCAGGACACGCCCGGCUCCGUCUCGGGCGAGUCCACCCCGCUCGUCGCCCCCCGCUGGACAUACCUCGCCAGCCCGGACGCGAAGAGCUUCACCGUGCGCAACUACCGCCAGGGCGCCGGCGAAAUCUUCGACUGCGGCACCCUGUGCACGUACGAGGACAUCCCCGGCCUCGAGUCCAUCGACAGCGACAAGCCCCCUUCGGACAAGGCUCGUCGUGUCUUCAAGGCUUAA